AUGCAGAUUUUGGGAACCUUUGAAGUGACUUUGGCACAGUUGAGCAAACCCAAGCUCGGCAAGGGCAAAUCAGGAAUCUCACCAGACAACGAGUUGAAAGCAAGAUCCAAGGAAGUGAGUCGACUCAAACCCGAGAGCGAGCCGCCGAGGUCAGGCGGGAAGGUCCCGUUUAUGCCAUUGGAUCUGAGGCUCAAGAUCUGCAGGGCCGAUAGACGGCUGAGAGUGGAUGGGCCCGUGAAAGCCGACACCAGGGAGCCUUACAGCCGUGACCCUUUUGCCGCCCUCGCCGCAGGGAAAAAGGAGAAAGGAUUGAGGGAAAUGAAGCUAGCUCCAAGACUGACACCAAAUGUCAACCGAUGA